CCAUGCCAGAUCCAAGUAGCGGCCAGCAGGAGGCUGAUGAAGGACAACCCCCCAUAUGAUAAGGGGGCUUUCCAAAUCGAAAUCAACUUUCCAGCAGAGUACCCACUCAAAGCACCGAAGAUCAUAUUUAAAACAAAGAUCUGUCACCCAAACAUCGAUGAAAAGGGGCAGGUCUGUCUGCCAGGAAUUAGUGCUGAAAACUGGAAGCCAGCAACCAGAACCGGCCAAGUAAUCCAGUCCCUCACAGCACUGGUGAACGACCCCCAGCCGGAGCACCCACUUCGGGCUGACCUAGCUGAAGAAUACUCUAAGGACCGUAAAAAAUUCUGUAAGAACGCUGAAGACGUUCCAAAGAAAUACGGGGAGAAGCGACCUGUGGACUAA